AUGCCUGUCACUGUCGUUGCUGCUAAGCCCACGGGGGAAGUCAAGGGCAACUUCAGAUUCAUCGUCAACCUCACCGAUCCUGUGUUUCGAGGAUUUCACCAUGGGAGAAAGAAACACGAUGAUGACCUAGAAGCGGUGCUGGAACGCUCACGCGCAGCGGGCGUGAGAUCUAUGAUAUUGACUGGCGGCAGUCUGCAUGAAUCUAGGGAAGCCUUGGAGCUCGCAAAGCAGCACGACUUCUAUGCUACAGUCGGCUGUCAUCCCACGCGUUCCAAACAAUUUGAUCAGUUCAAGGGCGGGCCAGAGGCCUAUCUUGCCGCGCUAGACCGUCUCAUCGGGGAGAACAUGAAGGGCAAGGGAAGGGUUGUUGCCGUAGGGGAAUGCGGACUAGAUUACGAUAGAACCCACUUCGCAUCCCCAGAGGUGCAGAAACGCCAUUUCCGUUCUCAAUUGACAUUGGCCAAAAAGUAUCACUUGCCACUGUUCCUUCAUUCUCGUGCGGCGCAUGCAGAUUUUGUGAGAAUACUGCGUGAAGAAGGCUUCGGAGAGAACGGAGGGAGGAACGUUGGCGCGAACGGCGGGGUAGUCCACAGUUUCACAGGGACGACCGAGGAAGUGGUAGAACUUAUGGAUAUGGGCUUUCAUAUAAGCGUCAAUGGCUGCGGGAUGAAAACAGCAGACAAUCUCACAGCGGCAAAGGCAAUACGCCCAGAGAAGAUCAUGUUUGAAACAGACGCGCCAUGGUGCUCGAUGACAUCCACGCAUGCGUCAAACCCGCAUCUGUCUCAGCUACCUGCCAACCUGCGCGCGCUGUACUUCCCGCAAGCGAUGAAACCUGAAUCGUUCGUAUACGGACGGCCUGUCAAAGGCCGAAAUGAGCCAAGUGCGGUUGGAGGCGUGGCCUGGGUGGUCCAUCGAUUGAACGAAGGCGUACCGCUCGAGAAGGUGACGGAGAAGGCAUGGAAGAACACGAUUGAGUUGUUCGGGCUGCAUGAACUGGCCGAGAAGUAG